UGGGGGUAGGUGGGUUGGCUGGCAGCCGCAGGGCAUGCUGGGUAGUGUCCAUAGUUCCUGUUGCUAAGGCUGCAGGCGUGGAGGAAAGAGGCAACGCGGUGCUGGGAGUGUUGUACCAGGGCGUUAAGGGGAAGAUGGUUAAGCAAACGAUCCAGAUCUUCGCGAGGGUGAAGCCCACCAGCCGGAAACAACCUCAAGGGAUUUAUUCUAUAGAUGAAGAUGAAAAAUCAGUAGCUGCAUUGGAAAUUAUCUUACCACGUGAUUUAGCAGAUGGAUUUGUGAAUAAUAAAAGAGAAAGCUACAAAUUUAAAUUUCAGAGAAUUUUUGAUCAGGAGUCAAAACAAGACACCAUUUUUGAAAUAAUUGCCAAACCUGUUGCUGAAAGUGUUCUGGCUGGCUAUAAUGGCACCAUCUUUGCAUAUGGACAAACCGGUAGUGGCAAGACUUUCACGAUCACUGGGGGAGCUGAGCGUUACAGUGACAGAGGCAUCAUUCCAAGAACCUUAUCAUACAUUUUUGAGCAAUUACAAAAGGACAGCAGAAAAAUGUAUACAACCCACGUUUCCUAUUUGGAAAUCUACAAUGAAUGUGGUUAUGAUCUGUUGGAUCCAAGACAUGAAGCCUCCAGUUUGGAAGAUUUGCCGAAGGUGACAAUAUUGGAGGACCCGGAUCAAAACAUUCACCUGAAAAAUCUAUCUCUUCAGCAGGCAACCACUGAGGAAGAAGCUUUGAAUCUUCUCUUCUUAGGAGAUACCAAUAGAAUGAUUGCAGAGACUCCUAUGAAUCAGGCCUCGACUCGUUCCCAUUGUAUUUUCACGGUUCAUAUCUCAAGCAAGGAACCAGGGUCUGCCACUGUCCGUCGUGCUAAACUCCAUUUGGUUGACCUGGCUGGUUCAGAAAGGGUUGCAAAGACUGGAGUUGGAGGCCAGCUUCUGACAGAAGCCAAAUAUAUCAACCUUUCCCUACACUACUUAGAACAGGUUAUAAUUGCCCUUGCAGAGAAACACCGAUCCCAUAUUCCCUAUAGGAACUCCAUGAUGACCAGCGUACUGAGGGACAGCUUGGGAGGAAACUGCAUGACAACCAUGAUUGCCACACUUUCAUUAGAAAAAAGGAAUAUAGAUGAAUCGAUAUCAACUUGCAGAUUUGCCCAACGAGUGGCCCUCAUAAAGAAUGAAGCUGUUCUCAAUGAAGAGAUUGAUCCUAGACUGGUUAUUAUACGUUUGAAGAAAGAAAUCCAGGAAUUGAAGGAUGAACUGGCCUUUAUCACUGGGGAGCAGAGAACAGACCAGCUCACACAAAUGGAGCUUGAUAAACUAGAAGAACAAAUUACAUCCUUUUUAGAAGAUCAAGAUCCCGAGAGUAGGCUAGAGGUGGGAUCUGACAUGCGUAAAAUCCAUUACUGCUUCUAUCGUUUAAAGAAAUUAUUAAGUGAAAGAAAGAUUCCUGAAAAAAAUGAAUUCUCCCAUGAAAUCAAAGACAAAGACCAAGAAGGUGAUACGCCAUUAAAGGAGGAAGAAUUGAAAAAACUGAGAGAUGUCCUGAAGCAGCGAGACAAUGAAAUUAAUAUUCUGGUAAAUAUGCUUAAAAAGGAAAAGAAGAAAGUCCAGGAUGUAUUCAAUCUACAGAAUACCAACAGAGGAGGAACGAGGCUUUCAUUGAGCUCUUCCCCCUUAUAUGGAGGUCCAGGGGAUGACUCUUCAAAGGCAUCGGUAUCAAGCACCGCAAAACAGACCCAUGAGGGCAGUUCUUUGGACUACAGGUCUGGUUUUCACCGCAGGAAAACAGUAAAGAAAGAAGAGAUGUCAUUGGGACGCCAGGAGGCUUUUGAAAUCUUCAAGCAGGAUCAUGCUGAUAAUGUUACAAUUGAAGACAACAAACAGAUUUUAAGACAGAGAUUUUCUGAAGCAAAGGCCUUAGGAGAAAGUAUAAAUGAAGUAAGAAGUAAAAUUGGUCAUCUAAAAGAAGAAAUUAACCAACGGCAGAUGCAGAGAGUUGCUUUAAGUAUUACAGAUAAUGCAACUGGAGACCAGGAAUUAGACCCAGUGGAAGAGAAGUUACGUUCAAAAAUGGAAGAAGAAAAAAAAAGUUACAAAAAUAUGUUCACUCGCCUGAAAGGCCUAAAGGUUGAAAUCGAGCACCUGCAGCUGUUAAUGGAGAAAGCCAAGGUGAAACUGAAAAAGGAGUUUGAAGUUUGGUGGAUAGAAGAAGCAGCAAAUCUACAGAAAAAAUCCGUGCCAUCAAAUUCUCCCCGGACGCCAGAAUCCCCAAAACAGCAGCAAUCGCAGUCACAUCUCUCCAAUAAAAGUGAACUGAUAUCCAAAAAAAUUAUGCCUUCCCCUCCCCCUCUAUCGAGACUCCAAAGAAACAGAUUUAACAACCCUAAUGUGGAAGAAAGUGGCAGUGAUCUGAUUCCCAAUAUGAAAGUGACUUCUUCUCCCCCUCCAUCAAGAACCGAGCCGAAACAACCAAGCAGCCCACCAAACAGCCCCCGUCUGGAAGGAAGAGUCCUAGGAAACUCUUCAGCCAUCCCUUUCACUGGAGACAGCCAGACAGACACCGAUAUCCUAGCAUUUAUCAAGGCCAGGCAAAACUUACUGCAGAAAAAAGGUUUGGCAAACAACUGAAAUUAUAAUACCAGCCCUGCAGCCCAGCUGAAAAGCAAGGACAGAAUACAGAUAAAACUUCUUCUUUCAUCCUUUCUUUGGAUGUGCUGCCUAAAUGGCUGGAACAACAUGUGACUUGAGCACUAAUGGAAAGCCUUGUGUUUCUGUAAGGAUGGUGUCCCAGAGACAUUCAGGAAUGGUGGGACAUGCUGAGGUGGGGGGGGGGGGCAGGAAGUAGAGAGACAGACCCAAAUGGAAGGUGAAAUCUUUGCACUGUAUGUUAACUUGUGGUUGUAAGUCUAAUGCCCUUUCAUGCUAGGGCUAUUGGCUUUGGUACCAGCAAGGUGGCUGAGUUUGGGAGUGUUUUGUGUUUGUUUUGUAUUUUUAAAAUAAUUUCCCUUAUUUUUAAAAUAAUGUGGGGUCACAAGGGUGGUCUUACUUUGGGGAUAACUUGGAUACUUUCAGAUUACGAAAUAGCAGUUUUCCAAGAUGGAGCUAGGAGAUUUGUGCUCCACUCCCCUCUUUCCCCCAACCCAUUCUCACUAAAUCUAGGCCUAUCAAAUAAUAAAGGGAAGUAAAAAGCUUAUAUCCCAGAAUGAAAGGGCAUUAGCUUAGACUGGAUCCAAGAAGAGGAGGGCCAAAUUGUCUCCUGAACAAGAGAUAUUUUGAUGGUUAAUCCUGAUAACUUAGACCAAAUUGUCUGUCAUUACCUGAGUAAUGCCCAGCUUCAAUGGGGCACAAAGUCACAAAGUCAUUCACUCAGCUGUAAUGCAGACAUUUGGGAGUAGAUGAAAAGGGAAAAAAUCGUGGUAGAGUCCUGGGUAGAUAGUCCAAAAUUCAGGGGAUCUGUGAUUCUGCUUCUUUGUGACUCAGGAAGAACUACUGCCUCUAGUUUCUUUCAUAUCAUUCCUCAUUCAGCAUGAUAGGGGCAACCUAAGAACCUAGAACAUUUUAGUUUUUCAGUACAUAAGGCAUGGAAAUAGUGGUACAAGACCAGUGGUUAGAUGGUCUGUUUAGGUCUUAGCCUGGCUGUAGUCCUUUGAAAACUGAAAAUGGGGAGCCUUAGGAAACUGAAACAAAUUAGGAGCACCUGAUGAUGCCACAAAUUGAAUAAAAGAAAUUGCCCACUGUCUUUGCAAUUUCUGUCUGCUAUGGAUAAAGACUGAAAACUUUGGAAGGAAAAUGUAAAAAUGGGCCCUUUCCCCCUCCAGGACUAAGGCAAAAUGGUUUGCAUAUGAAAAUAUAAUUUUAAAACUGAGAAGAACCUAGGAAAUCACUUAAUCCAACUCCCACUAUUUAAAACUAAGUAAAUAAAGGUCCAUCGAGGGAAAAGGAUUUGCCUGUGGUCAGCCACCUACAAAUGAACAGAACCAGGACAAGAGGCUUUGCCUCCCUAGUUCUGGAUCACUAUUCUCCCCACCACAUCACACUGAUUCAGCCCUUAAACCUGACUGCUCUGAAAAGACUUAAAACAGUUUAUGUUUGUGAAUACAUGUACCUCACAAGAGCAAGACCUGAAAUGGGUUUGGAAGUGUCCAUGAAAUGUCAUGAAAUCAACAGCUGUCCCAGGGAAAGGACCAGAUAUGACAGAAGGCUGUGUACACUGGAGCUAGUUAGGUACUAUUGAUUCCAAGUCUCCAGCUGGAGGCAGUUAUCCUCUGGAUCCAAAGGCCUUGUUUGCAGGGAAGUAUGGGGCAGCUCCACGAAGCCAGCCAGGCUGGGGCAAAGCCAAAGAGGGGAAAUGAGGAAAGGAAGGCAAAUUGGGGAAGUUUUAUCUUUUAAAGGGGCAUUUGCAACUGAAUGGUUGUCAUGUGAUGAUUUUUAGACAAAGCACCACCUCUAACCCAUCCCCACCUUGACUUAGGGCCUUUAGCACAAAAUUAUGCUUAGAUUAUUUGCCUGAGAAUCCCUAAGGCAAUAGAAACAGUGCUCUGAAAAGACUUUUCUCAGAUUUUUUAAAGGGCAAUUUCUAGCAAAUUUUUGGUUUGGGUGUUUUGGUUGCUGGUUUUGUUUGGUUUUGUUUUUUUAAUAUGUGAAAAGAUCUUUUCAAAACUUUUGUGCCUUCUAGAUUUGGAGGCAAACUAAAUUUCAGGUGGAAAUUCUAUUCACCCAUAUCAAAUUGUCUCCUUAAAGUCAAAGAAAACCAGCAAUGAGCUCUCUGUGUUCCUGAAGGUAAAAACAGAGCUUUAAGAAAGGCAAUGUCUAUAUAGAAACAGUGACAGUGAUUCUCAAAGUGGACCAUUCACAAAAUGUCCUGCCACACUGGAAGAAAUCAGCCUUCUCUCUUUUUUCAUAAAUUAUCAAAGAAGGUUAAAACUGGAAGGGACCUGAAAUGCUAUCUAGAAAACCUCCUCGUUGGACAAAAGAGAAAACUGAAGCUCAAAGACAGGAUACGCUUUGUACAUAGUAAUCACUUAAUAAAUAUUGAAUUAAAGUGACCCAACUAAUAUUACACAGUCCUAACGGGGUUAGGACUAGAUUCUAAGAAUACAGCUGACUCUUCAUCUAAUGUUCUUUCCAUUACACCACUGCUCAUUUAGAUAUGAUAAAGAAGGCUGUGGAGGGGAGGGUGUUAAAUAAACAUAAGUAUUUUAAAAGUU